AUGUCUCUGCUCGUUGACUCGGCGAAAAGUGCACCCCCGAGUGUAGGUCAUUCACCGGCAGUGUCUCCAAGUCCCAGCCCAAGUCCGCGCCCGGAUCCUCUGCUGACGACGAAGACGUUGAAAAACACCAUCCUGAAGAGUCAUGGGAGACCUCCAUGGUAUGGCGAAGAUGGGUUGCCCUUUUCCAAAGCAUUUGUCGUCGGAAUUGCUGGCGGUUCUUCUAGUGGCAAGACAUACGUUGCGCGCGAGAUAGUUCGCUCAUUGGGUUCUAUUCCCACAGUGAUCAUAAUGUCACAGGAUAGCUUCUAUAAGCGUCAUACUCCGGAAGAGAUCAAACUCGCAUUUGCCUCUCGAUUUGACUUUGAUCAUCCGGAUUCUAUAGACAUGGAAUCCUUCUCUGCCUGCCUUGCAGAUCUCAAGGACCUCAAGCAAACAAACAUUCCCGUUUAUUCGUUCGAACAGCAUCAGCGGCAGGAUGAGACGAAGUAUCUCUAUGGUGCAACCAUCAUCAUCGCUGAGGGUAUCAUGGCACUCAAUGAUCCGCGACUCCGAGAGCUAUACGACCUGAAGAUUUUCGUUCAAUGUGAUUCCGACUUAAUGCUUGCACGUCGAAUUACUCGCGAUGUUAAAGAGCGCGGGCGCUCCGUAGAUGGCAUCCUCGAACAGUAUCUUCGCUAUGUCAAACCGUCAUACGACCACUUUGUAGGUCCAAGCUCUAGUCAUGCGGACAUCAUCGUGCCGGGAAAAGACAACUCCGUUGCUAUUGAGUUGAUCUCGACACACAUUCGACGACAACUAGAGCAGCGAACCCGUCAUUUUCGUCGUAAGAUGGCAUCCAUGCAGCGGUCAAUAUCGCGAGGUCCACCUCGGCCCCUGACGAACGAAGAGUUAGGCAUGGUGGUACUUCCCCAGACUCCCCAAUUGAAGGGGAUCUACACUAUCUUACGCGAUGUGACUACGAACAGGCAGGAUUUCAUUUUCUUUGUGGAUCGUUUGGCAACGAUUUUGGUUGAGAAGGCGAUGGAAAAUCUGCCUCAUCGAGAGCAAGUUAUUGAGACACCCGUAGGAGCUGAAACGACAGGCAAGACUAUUGACGCAGAGUCGGUUUGCGGUGUGACAAUCUUGCGAUCCGGCGGCCCUCUCGAGCGAGGGCUCGAGCGCGUCAUCAACGACGUUCCGAUGGGCUCUCUCUUAGUACAAUCGGACUCCAAAACCGGCGAGCCGCUCCUUCUCCAUGUUAUGCUUCCUAUUUGCAUCCGCGAACGACACCGUGCGGAGAAAACAUGGGUGUUCCUUCUUGAUGCCCAGAUCGGUACGGGUGCGUCGGCAUUCAUGGCCAUCCGAGUUCUGCUCGAUCACGGCGUGCCGCCCUCCCACAUCAUCUUUGUCACUUUCCUCGUCGCGCGAAGUGGAGGGAUCGCGCAUCUGCGCCGAACAUUUCCCGAAGUCACAAUCGUCACGGGUGCUGUGGACGAUAAUCUACGCGAGGCCUGGCUCGAAGAGAGCGAUCAGGAGAUAUUGCACGGUGAGGAGGGAGUUAGAGGGAGGAAGGUGUGGGCCGUCGAACCUGGGAUGGGGCAGAUUGGUGAUCGAUACUAUCUAUAA